ACACACACAUGCAGUAUAAAGUAUGUUCAAUUUCACAUAGACCCAAAAUGAAUGAAUCUCUGCCCAAAUCUCCAACAACAUUGGAAGAUUUCACAAAGAAGUGGGCCCACAGUGUGCUUGAGGACUACUGGAACAAGGCUGAACUAGACUCCAACAAAGUCGAGGUCAAACACGUGACCGCUAAACUUAACGGUCUCCAGGGUUUACUGUCUACCACCUAUAUAGUAGAUGUUACAUACGAAUAUGAAGAAGAGGAAAACAUAAAAAGUAUUUUUGUCAAGAUUCCGCUUCGUGAAGAUGGACUCAAUACAUACCACGAGGCCAACCUAAGAGAACUGAAUAUGUUCACUGAGAUUCUACCCAAACUUCAGGAGUACCUAGUGGAUAAAUGUACAGAUAUUCUACAGCUUCCUAUCCCUGAGCUGAUAUACUGUAAUUAUACUGGAGAUGGUAUUAGGGAUAUGUUUAUUCUUGAGAACCUACUUAAAGCAGAUUUUCAACCUUUCACUGAUUCCUUGCGUACAAAAGAAUACCUGCAGUCGUGUUUAGAAUGUAUAGCUCAGCUGCAUGGAACUGGAUUAGCUUAUAUGUUUAGUAGGCAAGACAAGGAAAAGGGAGAAAAAGAAUCAGAAAAACCAGGAAUCCCGGAUGCUAAAUCAACUUUUCCGGCGCUUAAUGAGCAGUCCCAGAUACAGGAUAUUCUGCAGGAUAAAGAGAACAAAAAAAGCAUCCGACGAAACUAUCUUCCAUUUCUGAAAUUCUUGGAGACAAAGGAUCCUAAUCUAUCAAAUUUCACAACUUAUCUGGCAAAAAUAGAUAAAAAUCUUAUCAAAAUACUUCAGAGAGCUGGAAAAUGCGGAACGGAAAAUCUAGUAACCCUUUGCCAUGGAGAUGCUAAGCCGGAUAACUUCCUUUUUAGAAGAAUUGAGAUAGAACUAGACGACUUGAGCUGUGAAGGAUUGGAAGCUAUUCUAAUUGACUGGCAGCAAACCUUUCUAGGGAAUGUUACAAAUGAUCUGAUGUGGCUUCUUCCAACCUUUCUUGAACAAGCAGACUCUUCCCUAGAGUUUGCUCUAGAUUAUUACUUCAUACAGUUAAAAAAUGUUCUUGCUUCAUUUGAGAGAACUCUUGAGGAUUUUAAUCUCCCAGAUAACUCACAAGAGUUUCAGAAAAUUUUAAGAUCAGGGUUUACGUUGGAGUUCUUCUCCUCUAUUAUAAUCAACCCCAUCUUGAAAAUGGCGGACCCAGCUGGACUCAGACGCUGGCAUCGGAAAGUAUUGCGACACGAGGAUCGUUUUAAAAAUGGCGCUAAAACACGGGCUCCAGCUGAUCCAGACACGGACAAUAUUCUACACAGUCCACAGUUUGGGAAGUUUGCUAAUCUUUAUUGCAAGGUGGCGCAUAUUCUCGGUGUAUUUCCACAAAUUGGAAUCAUAAAUGUUGAAAUUGUCAAGGAAAACAUGUUCAGAGAUGAAGGAGAGAAGGAUGAAGAGGAAGAUAAUGAAGAUGUUUAUGAUGAUGAGGAAGCUGAAUUAUCUGAAGAAGAGGAAGAAAAAGAAAAACAAGUUGAAAACACUUCAGUAUUUUCUAGAUUAUACUCCUGGGUCAUUGGAUUACUGGGCCUUUGUAAUAAAAAGAAUUAAUAAAAUGUUAAAAUACU